CACACUCGCUCAAAUACAACCAUGCUGCAGCAAAUCUUGAAGGACAUGUACAUAGACCCCGAUGUGCUUGAAGCUCUGAAUGAAGAUCAGAAGAAGAUACUCUUCUUGAAGAUGCGUCAGGAGCAGGUACGACGCUGGCAAGAACAUGAGGACAAACUGGAGAGAGAGAGCAGUUCUCCAGAAUCUACUAAACCUAAACCAAAGAAAGCACAUGGGAAGAGUGUGAGCUGGUCACUGGGUCGUGAUGGAGACGUGCAAGUCAUUGUCAUUGGGGAGACGGAUGAGUUCAAGACCUCCAAAAUUAUUUAUUCAGGACUGGGAGAAAGAAAAGCAGCGAAUCUUCUCAACAGUUCAUGCAACCAGACGACCAUUCUGAAGAGUAACAUCGUGAACAGGAAAUCUGCAGAUCCAGUGAAAAAUGGAAGAGAAAAUAUCCCUCUUAAAACAACUCCAGGAAUACAGUUAAACUUAAAGGAGAAUGGCGAAGAACUGAAGUCAUUGCCCCCUCUGCAGGUGUCAGUGCCCGAACAGAGGCCAUCAUCACUAGAAAGUGGGAAACAAAGUGUUUCCCAUCAACCCAAAGAGUUAAAAGAAGGCAGUUUUUCGGGCACUGCUGAAGACAACACUGCUUCCAUCUGCUACAGGCCACACCUGAGAUCCAUUACCACGGCAGCCCCAACUCUCCAGCAAACCCAGCAGAAGAAGACCACCUCGCUGCCCGCAACAAGCCGACCUCAGCCCCAUGAGCUGGCCAAAGAGUCCCUCAGCAGCCGGGAGUUUCGAGUAGUGCCUGCUUUUAAGAGGGGUUUGUCUGAAGAGACAACACCUACGGAGGGCGGAGACUGCGUCGUGGGCCGUGGCCGCGUGGCUCAGCUGACGAAGACCUUCAGCGUGGCCAAUGACACAAGCUGCACACAAACCCAGCCACGCGCUAACAAACCUCCGAUCCCUGCCAAACCCAGCCACCUGCGGUUCGCCCAAUCCCCCUCGCUCAGGUAA